UUAUGUAGAUAGGCUUUAAAUAUCACAUGUGAUUGGUCAGUUUUAACAAAACAAUCAGCCGAUUGAUCGAAGAAAUGACAGAUAAUCUUUGACAAAUAGCGUGAAAGUGAUCAAUCGCAUUGUUCGAUCAAUCGAAGUAACCAAUCGCAAUUGACGCUUAUCGAUUGAACAGGACCGAAUUUGGAAUUUGAUCAAAUGCGGUCAUCGGAACGACCUGAUCGGAGGUGGUUGACCUAAAGUAGUUAAUACAAAUUUUAUAUUUCUGAAAGAUGUUGCGACUACUCGAAAGACAAAUUUUUCGAAACAUAAAUAAGAGAAAAUUAAAUACGUGGUCACUUCUCGCCACGGCGUUUAAUUCUACCGUUAACGAGGAAAAUCACUUGGUAAACAUAUCGAAGAAAGAAACAGGUUUAUUCAGUAUUCCUGAGUUAAAGAGUGAGAAUGGUUUUGAUAUACUGAAAAGUCAUGCUCUAGCACAGGUGGAUAUUCUCAUCGAGGAAGCUACAAAUAAGAACAGGAAGAGAAAAAUGGUAGAAAUAUUUGAUGAAUUAUCUAAUACACUAUGCAAAGUAGCUGACAUGGCGGAAUUUAUAAGAAUUGCACAUCCCGAUCAAGAAUAUGUUCGUGCUGCUGAAGAUGCCUGCAUAACUGUCAGCGGUGUAGUUGAGAAAUUAAAUACACAUCGCGAGUUAUAUAAUUCGUUAAAACAAGUAACAAAUAAUGGUGAUAUUCAAGCAACAUCAGACAUAGAUGAUCAUGUGGCUAAGUUAUUUUUAUUUGAUUUUGAGCAAUGUGGUAUACACUUGCCAGAGAAACAAAGGACAGAAGUGGUUAACUUAAAUGAUUAUAUUUUGCAAGUGGGUCAAAAAUUCAUGGCUGGUGCCGUGACUCCAAGAAUGGUUAAUGCCAAUACACUACCUGACGUUGUCAGACAGUAUUUUAUGACGGAGAACGGACAGAUAUUAGUGCAAGGAUUUUAUACAGAUUCUUCCAACACUGCUGUCCGCGAAGCUGCAUACAAAUUAUUUUUGUGCCCGGACAAGGAGCAGGAAUAUCUGUUAAAUGAACUUUUGAGUUCUAGACAUCAACUGGCAAAAUCGUGCGGGUUUGCUUCGUACGCACACAGAGCCGUGAAAGGAAGCACAGUUGAAUCGCCAAUUAUAGUGAAGGAGUUUCUUAAUAUACUGAAUGAUAGUUUGCAACCUAAAACAGCACAAGACUUUCAAGAAAUGCAGAAAAUGAAAGACAUUGAGUCGUCCAUAAAACAAGGAUUGAUGCCAUGGGAUACUGCCUAUUUCACAGCAAAAGCAAAGAGAACUUGGCUAAAUACUUCUGUCAAUGAAUUUGCUCCGUAUUUUUCGUUAGGCGCUUGCAUGGAGGGUAUAAAUAUUCUCACGCAAUCUUUAUAUGGAGUUAGACUAGAAUCCGUUCCAGUGUUAUCUGGAGAAGUGUGGGCGACCAAUAUUCACAAACUAGCUGUGAUAGAUGAGGAGGAAGGCACUUUGGGAUAUAUUUACUGUGAUUUCUAUGAAAGAGCAGGAAAACCGAAUCAAGAUUGCCAUUUUACGAUUCAAGGUGGAAAACAAUUAUCAGAUAGCACAUAUCAGAAUCCUAUAGUUGUACUUAUGCUAUCGUUGCCACAUCCACGUUGGUCAAAUCCGUGUUUGCUGAGUCCAUCAUCGGUGGACAAUUUGUUUCAUGAAAUGGGACACGCAUUGCAUUCUAUGCUCGGUCGAACGAAAUAUCAGCAUGUAACCGGUACUAGAUGCAGCACAGACUUUGCGGAAGUGCCAAGUGUGCUAAUGGAGUAUUUUGCCAGUGACCCUAGGGUUGUAUCAAAGUUUGCGAAACAUUUUCAAACUCAAGAACCUAUUCCGAAAAAUUUAUUGCACAAACUGUGCGCUUCGAAAAACAUUUUCUACGCUUCCGAGUUGCAAAAUCAAGUAUUUUACAGUAUGCUGGAUCAGGUGUAUCACAGUGGGAAAUUAACGAAAUCCACCACUGAGAUCUUAGCGGAUGUACAGAAAGAAUAUUACGGUCUUCCAUAUGUAAAAAAUACGGCGUGGCAAUUGAGAUUUUCCCAUUUAGUCGGAUACGGUGCAAAAUAUUACUCUUACCUAAUAUCUCGUGCGAUCGCCGCCUGGAUUUGGCAAACCUAUUUCCAUGAGGACCCCUUUUGUCGAUCGGCAGGCGAGCGUUAUCGAAGAGAAUGUUUAGCGCACGGGGGCGGAAAACCAGCGUCCAAGUUAGUAUCAGAUUUCUUAAACAAAGAAGCUAAUGCCGCUACAUUUGCAAAAUCGUUAAUUAAUGAGGUCGAUAUGAAGAAUUCGCAUGUGCAAACAAUAAAAUGACGCAACUGUGUAAGGUUUUCGUGAUAUAAAAAUGUUUUGUACAACUUUUUCAAAAUAAAAAUGU